AACAGCCAACUAUUGUUAGCAUCUCUCUGGCUUAGACUUCCUGCUAGUCUCCACGAUGGUUCACUCUUUUUUUAAAAACAUUAACGGUUGGACCCAAAAUUCCAGGCUGGUCACCAUGGAAACCGAACGUGUGACACAUUUAUGAAGUUAAACAUCAACAAUAAACUACUUCAAAAAGGAAGAUUUUCCUGAGGUAAUGGAGUUUCCCCAGCAUUCCCAGCAGCUGCUGUCAGCUCUUCGCUCUCAGCGCCAGCGAGGCUUCUUAUGUGAUUGCACCGUCCUUGUGGGCUCCAGCCGUUUCCUGGCGCACCGAGCCGUCUUGGCGUCAUGCUCACCUUUUUUCCACAUGUUCUACUCAGACUCUCCGGGGGGAAAUGGCAGCAGUACCAGCUGUGUCACACUCGACAACGACAUUGUCACAUCUUCUGCAUUCGGGUUGCUUCUCGACUUUAUCUAUGAAGGCGUGCUGCAGCUGGAUGAGUCUCCUCCAGUGGAGGACAUUCUAGCUGCUGCAAGCUUCCUCCACAUGAACGAAGUGGUGAGAGUGUGUAAGAAACGACUGCAGAGACGAGGGCCCCUGGCUGAAGCAGACAGCACACGCUCAGAGGAGGACAGCAAGCUGAAAAAGGCAAACGAGACAGGAAGAGAAGGGGACUACGGAGCAGAGCCAAUGAUGGCCAAUGCAGCAAAUCACUCGUAUUCAGUCACCUUAGCUGCACCUCAGUUAUCAGAAGCAGAGCAAAAUCAAGUGGAGCCUAUAAAGUCAAAGAAGAGGACAAUUGGAGGUUCAUCAGAGGUACGAAUUCAAACUCCUCUGAGCCCUGACCUCGCUGAUACCACUCAGCCUGGCAUGGGCGUCUCUCGCCUGCCCUCAGGUAGAGAGCUGGUGCAGGCUCCCAUGACAGACCAGUCUGCCCCCAUUGGUCGAGGUCACACCACGGCAGGCACUGGGAAUCAAGGACAAGGAUCGGUUCUGUCCAGUCCUUGCAGCAGCACAGAGAUGCAUAGUUACAGCUGCAACCUGCCCUCCUCCUCCUCCUCUUCCUCACGGGUCACUGUGAACCAGGUUGCUGGUGGUUCUGUUGCUUCUCUCAGCCUGUCGGAGUAUUGCCUCUCUGCCGGUCUGCCCCCAGAAGAAUCACUGCUGCCCCAGGAGGACUCCACCGAGGAUCUAUCUGAGACGGACAGCAGAGACACAGCGGGCAGAGGUCAGCAGAUGAUCAUGUUAAUCCAAAGCCCAGCUCUGGCUGCAGAUGUGCAGAGAAACCCAAGAUACUCGGCGCUGCAGCGUGCACCUCCCCAAAUCCAAAUCCAGAGCGCCGUGUCACUCCAGAACUCGGAUUCUCAACUUGCUCCUGAGAUUCAAACACUUCAACACCUUGACAGGGACACCAGCGCAUCACCCGCUAGAAAAGAAAGAUCCUACUUCCCUACGCAUGUGGCAAGGACAAACAGGGAAGGAGAUGCUGGUAAAGUUAAAGUGGAAGCUAUCGUUAUUUCCGAUGAAGAGCUAGAGGAGGAGAGAGAUGAAAGCAGGGAGAGGGAGCCGGUGACUGAUGAGGAGCUAGAGUUUGAGGACGAAAUCCAGGAGGAGGAGCUGAACAGCCCCCAGUUUGUGUCUUCCCAUCAACAGGACAGUGUUCCGGCCACCUCCUGCGUGAACAACUUCUCCAUUCCGCUCUCCCCAUCUUCUUCCUCCUCCUCGGGUCCCAGACCUUUCUCCCAAGACAACGUCUCCUUGACAGCUUCUCUUGCUCCUUUGGCCACGUCUAAUCAGCAUUCAGACACUCCUGCUUACUUCCAGGACUCUAUGGGGAACUUUGUGGAAGACGUUCCAACAUGCGGCGUCUGCGGAAAGACUUUUUCGUGCACAUACACCCUGAGGCGCCACGCCAUUGUGCACACGCGGGAGCGUCCGUAUCAGUGUCGCUACUGCUACCGGAGCUACACACAGUCAGGCGACUUGUACCGACACAUUCGUAAAGCUCACGACCACACCCUGCCCGCCAAGCGCUCUAAGACAGACACUGAGCCGUCCCUGCAGCCACAGCCCCCACCUCCUCUCAGCUAACACACACACACACAAACACUCUGUCUGGCAUCUCAUGCAUUUUAACCUCCUCUUGGUUUGGAGAGAUACUUUUUAGCCUGAAAAAACACUAGUAAAGGGUUUAUUUUUAUUGGGGAAAAAGAUCAUUCAAAAAUAAUCGCUGAAGUACUAAAAAUUCCCAAAAAACCUUAACAUAAUUAUCUUUAGGAACCUUUAAAGGAGCUGUUCCAUAUUAAAAGAGCUUCAGAUUAAGAUCGGUAUCUGAUUAUAAAUAUUUUCAACUUUAAUAAUCUGCUUGAAUAAGGACAUUUCAUUAAAAUAAUAGGAAAUAGAAGCAAAUCCCCCAAACUGUUUUAAUAUUAGUAUGAUCUAUUUUAAUUCUGUUCAGUUUAUUUAUAAGUGAUACAACUAGACAAAAUCAAUUAUUGUCGAUUCUUAUAAUCAACUUUUUUUUCCCAAAUAUCUGUCAUUUCCAAUAAUUCCACAUAAAUCAAAUUAUCUGUUCUGAAUUUAAAUGGUGGUUAACAAACACGACGGACAACUUUCCGUGUAAUUUCUUGUAGUGAGCAACCAGUUAGACUGGAGAGGAAGAACUUUGAAUGGAUGAUGAAGAAGAAGAAACCUCCAACAGAACCAGACCUUCAGCCGUCUGCUGUGAGCACUUAGGCUCAGAGAAGAACAGGAACAACUGUGAUAAACCAGCACAGAGAAAAGCUUUUAGCUGCAAAAAUGAAAUAUCUAGACUUGCAAAGAAUGUGUUCACUGCUCUUUUUUCAAAAAGAGAAGACUACAGUGCAGAAAACCACCUUUAUCAUCCUGGUGACCCCAGCAGUCCACAUUUACUGCAGCAUCAUUUAAGGGAUAGGCCAGUCACCUUAUUAAAGCAGUUACACACUCAUUUAGUCAUUUUAUAAGUCUAAUUUUUUAUUUUGUAUCAUGUAGAGAAUAUAGUUAAACACUGCAGACACUCUGGUUUCUAAUCUAAUGAAAACAAGCACAGAAAAGCAUUUAUUUAUCAUUUAUUACACUGUACUUACAUAUUUGAAUGUCAUCUGUCAGAACCUGAUUUGAUACUUGUACUGUUGUGCGAUUGUUUUGUAAUAUUUUUGGACAUGUUUUAAAGUUUAGAUUUGUAAUACAAAAAACAACCUGUCUUUGUAGAUGAUUCAAUAGUUACUGUCACCAGUUAGAGGAGACUGUUUGUCCUGUCAGUGUGAAUGUCUGCCAAAGUUUCACUGAUGACAUCCCUUCAAUGUUGUACUGUUACUUCUACAAGAUGAAACUAAAACAAGUAAAUGCUUUGUGGUUUUUAAGUGAGUGAGAUGGUGGGGGUUUAGAUUUUCAUCCAUCAAUUUCUGUACUGGAUUAACUGUAUGUGAUGUUCUAUGUGUACCUAACUAACCUGGGCCCUUUGACUUGUUUUAUCAGUCUAAUGAAGUGUUGGUGUAGAGAUUAUUCCUCUUUUUUAACGUGCAGUACAAUCACUCAAUAAAGGGAAUGUUGGGGGGUGUAGUGGUUAGCACUCUUCUCCUCACAGUGAGACGGCUUUAGUUCAAAGCCCAGCUGGGAUUUUUCUGUGUGGAGUUUUCUCUAAGCACUCCAGCUUCCUCCCACAGUCCAAAAAAAU